GAUGGCUGAGGACGAAGACCCUAUCAUUUUGAAUUUUAAUGACAGUUUACUAAGAAAGUCGGAUGUCAGUCUUUUGGAAGGACCAUAUUGGCUUAACGAUAAUAUCAUUGGAUUUUGUCUAGAGUAUUUUGAGAAGGAGAAGUUCAGCCACUCGGUGGACAGACUGUGUCUCAUGAACCCGGCGUUCGUCCAGCUCAUCAAGUUGUCACGUGUUGAGGAGCUUUCUAUACUGCUGGAGUCUCUGUAUCUGCCGGUGAAACAGUUUGUGUUUCUCCCCGUCAACGACAACCCUCGGGACGCCGCGGGCGGAUCUCACUGGAGUUUGUUGGUAUAUGUGAGGAGUAAACAGGAGUUCCGGCACUACGACUCGUCAGGGAACACUAACAGUGCCAUGGCCAAGAAUCUCGCUUACAAGCUGCAGCCCUUUGUUCAUGCUCCCUUGGGCAGAAUGCAGUUUAUAGAAAUGGAUUGUCCUCAGCAACAAAAUGGUUAUGACUGUGGCUUGUUUGUGAUAGCGAUCACGGAGUACCUGUGUAAGAACUUCUGUGAGUGUGUCAGUAUUCCCCUCCACGAGGUGGUCAACUCUGCGACCGUGGCAAGGAAACGACAAGCUAUCAAGGAACUCAUCGCUGCGGUGGAACGCGACCAGCAUCUAUCCAAGAGUUAACACACGGACAAAAACUAGUAAUCAUGUACAUACAAUUGUCAUGUGUGUGUCUUACAGCUGUGAAAGUUAUAUUUUGGUCAAAUUAUUUAAAAGUGUUUUAACUGUGAACUUGAGACUCUGUUGGUCAAUAUAUCCUGGAUCAUACUUAUAAAUUCUUGUGAUGUAUUAGGUGUAGAUCUAGGGGAGGGUGCUGGUGGUACAUACCCAUUCGACUAAACCUCAGAUUGGCCCAGAAAUCUAGUAUGAAUAUUUAUAAGAUAUUAAACGAGCUUCCAUUUCAUAUCAUGUUUAUGUUCCGAGUGAAAUAAUUUUCAGUUGUCACGAACUUUAGUGAGUGGCAAUGAAAAUUAUUUCACGAGGGACUUUAACAUGAUACGAAAUGGUAGCGAGUUUAAUAUCCUAUUUAUUACCCAUAAUCGAUCUUAAUUUAUAUCACUCAUCUCAUUUUGUUGACAUUCGUGUACGGUUGUAGUGCACUAACUGAUGAUGUCAUCAUGUGACGUCAAAAGUUUUACGUCCUACUUGGCAUUCUAGUGGGACGUAUUACUUUGAUAUGUACCAAGAUAUUUGUAACCAUAUGUGUAAUAAAAUUAAUUUAUUUCUAUUCAGUGGGGAAGAUGUAAUGUCAGGUGGGUGUUUCUGCAGUAUGAUUGCCAUUACAUGGUACAUGUUUAUACCUUAGAAUACUGUUAUUGUGAUACACGUUUAUAAUAUACUUUAGAAUACCAUAACUCCAUCUACAUCUACACAAGCUGUGUUUUAACCCAUGUUCAAUACAACCCAGGUAAAAUCUUAAAAUAACAUCGGUUAUUGUGUCUGGCAUUUGGUAUAAUUGCAUUUUAAAAUUGCUUAAAUUGCUUAAAUAUGGAUACUUUGGGAAGAAUGAAUGUUAACAACCCAGCACAAAAAUACAUCGACUAUUGGUCAUGUUUUAGAAAAACCCAGAACACUGUUGGGUUGUUUCAGAUGUUCCUUUAGAGAAAUAGUGUUUAUGUAACAUGCCAUCCACCGAUGUGCAUAUCGAUCACGCUGCACUGUUUGUGGACCCAUCAUGUGCAGUGCCGUCGGUAGAUCGCACAAGCUUCAGUCGAGUAUGCUGCACCAUCAGUGGAUCCGUUGUUAACGUAGCCAACAGUGUAGCGCAAUCGGUUGAUACUUGCACUAUCUACCAAUGGGCUAUGGCUUCACUAACAAUAGGUCCUUAAUGGUGUGAUCGACUAAUGCUUGUACGCAUCCUGCCGAUGGCUACACUAACUGGAUCCAACGUGAUAUAUACACCUAUAUGAGGGACACAUUUACAUGAGUGAGAUAAAUAGAGUAAAUAUGUUGCUUUUUUUACCUGACUCAUUAUGGCCGCUUUAGCAGUAAGAAAAUGUCCUGGUUUUUUUUAAAUACAAUACCUAAAUAUUUAUACUGGUCGACUAUCUCCACAUUAUUAUAAAUUAUUUUACAGUUUACAUUACAUCUUUUAGAUCCAAAUACUACAAUUUUUUUUUUGACAACAUUCAGUUUCAAUUUCCAUAAUUUACAAUACUUAACAAAAUAAUCGAAGUUUUUCUGUAAAUCAUCCACAUGAUAGUUGGGGUCGAAAUGUUUGAUUAGCUGACAACUUAAAAAAAAUUCAAUUUCUAACACAAUAUUAGUUAGAAAUAAUUCACCAUAAACUUGUGUACUCUCACAAAAUAAUUUUAAAAUGUCAUUUACUUUAGAUUGGUCAAAUAUUAUUAAUAAAUUCACACUAAUAAUUUUAAAAUGUCAUUUACUUUAGAUUGGUCAAAUAUUAUUAAUAAAUUCACACUAAUAAUUUUAAAAUGUCAUUUACUUUAGAUUGGUCAAAUAUUAUUAAUAAAUUCACACUAAUAAUUUUCUUUCCAGUUACCAGCUUCAUGCACUUUGUUUUGUAAUCUAUCAAAAAUACAUUUUCUGAUAACAUCUUUGGUUAAUUGACAAAGGACAAUGUAUGUCAGAAUACAAAGAACAUAACUAUUCUACCUUAGAGCCUGAGAUCAUUUGUAUUACAGGGGAAGAGCAGAUCAAAUAAUCUACCAUACUAACAUCUUUACAGGAUGUUUUCCCUGUGUACCUGUCAUCUCCAAGCCGACCAUUACCAAUUAAAAGAUUAUCCAGAUUAUAUCGAGUCUUAGGUACGAGUAAAGUGUCAAACACACUAGUAACAUUGAAGUCAGUAAUGUCCUCACAGUGAAUACCAAUAUAUCUAAUGAGUGAAAUAUCGUGUUCAGUAUAGUCACACGAUGUAGCAGUUCUUGUAUUCAAUCUCUGAUUAAACUCAACAAAGGUGUAUAACGAACAUGUUUUAUACAUCCCUGUGUAAGUUGGUUCCACAUAUUAUCCUGGGCUAUGGGGGAAUUUCAGGAGGUAAACAAACAGUACCAAUAAUUAAAUCCAACUCCUCUCCCAUUACGUAUAGGAGAGUGUCCUGCUAUGUUUCACCCGUCUCCAUGUUCACUAAUAUUUGAGGUCAUAACCUGAACAUGAAUUGUGUUCUACUAAACACCUGGACAGUGCAGACUAAAUAACUAUAUUACAAAACAAUAGUGACACCAUAGCUUAUGAUGGUUUUACAGUUUCGUAGUGCUUAGAAAGGUAUGGGUCCUGAUUUUCAUGAUAAAUAUAUCAGUAUAUAUGUGAACCACUCAAAUCAUAUUCUAUAUCUAAAAAUAAUGCUUUAGUAAGUAAUAAUAUAAGUACUUUUUUAAAACAAAUAUUUCAGAUCACUCACUGAUCCAUAGAACAUAAUAUAUAUACCUAUUAUAUACUGGAGAACUCCCAAUAUCGCAGUACUUAACAGUGUUAUUCAAUUAAAAGAAUAUCAUAACAUUUCUAACAAACAAAAACAAAAAUAUAUAUAUUUAUUCUAUAACUUACCUAUAAUAUCCAUGACAUAAACCCAUUUGAUACUUACCAUUAUUAACUGUUAAUAAUGUUUUGCUGUCAGUGGGUCAUUUGUUUACAGCCAAUUAGACUUGAGAUUUAGUUGAAGUCAAACUACAGACUCAGUUGAUAUUUUCCAUAUUAAAAAACACUCCUGAUGAAUCCUCUCUCUUAGUGGCAUUUUGUUUUUUCUGUAUUCUUCAAAGCACUUCUUGAUAUAACAUGGUUGAUGGUUGGACGUGAUUUACUUCUUGAAAUGGCGGUUUCAGUUGACUGUGACACAAUCUUUUAAUGUCACUCAAGGAUAGUUACAGUUGUCUGUGACACAAUCUUCUAACAGUGUCACUCAAGGAUAGUUUCAAUUGUCUGUGACACAAUCUUCUAAUAAUGUCACUCAAGGAUAGGUUCAGUUGUUUGACACAAUCUUCUAACAAUGUCACUCCAAGAUAGGUUCAGUUGUCUGUGACACAAUCUUCUAAUAAUGUCACUCAAGGAUAGGUUCAGUUGUCUGACACAAUCUUCUAACAAUGUCACUCAAAGAUAGGUUCAGUUGUCUGUGACACAAUUUUCUAACAAUGUCACUCAAGAAUAGUUUCAGUUGUCUGUGACACAAUCUUCUAAAUGUCACUCGGGGAUGUCAUUAAUAGGCGACAGUUUGUGAUUUUUCAUGUCUGUGUAAUAGAUGUUCAGUGUAUAGAACUACAAAGAAUAAGGCUUUUUAUAGCGUGACCAUCAAGAUCAGUUGGCUAUACUGAGUAUGAUAAAUCAACACCUAGCUAACGAGAUCAAAGCCGGGAGUGGGUGUGGCCUAAUUGGGAGGUCAGCCAGCGGGCUGUAUGUUUGUAAGACCUAGCUCAUUUGCAUAAAUGGGGCCAGAGUGACCCCACCACUACUUAUGUCAUUAGUAUUUGUUUCAUUAGUUUAUCUUUAAGAUUUUUAGUUUUAUUACAAGUUUUAAUGGGCUAUCAAAAGACACUAUUUAUCUACACAAAAAGCUAUUGAAAAUGUUUAAGAUAUUUUUGAAAUGCCAUUGAGCAUUGGUUACCACUGCUGAAACGAGUAGUAGUAUUCGGCAAAAGUAUGUUAAUCUGAAAUUGUUUUUUGCAAGUUGGCUGUGUAGAUUAAUGUUUGUCAUAUGUCAGAUAGUAUCAACCAUGGAAAAACAUGCUUGGCUUAGUCUGAGGUGGAGUAACAUCAUGCUUAUAUGGGAGGCACUUUCUUUGGGUGACCCCCCUCCCCCUCCAUUAUUAUAUCCUGGCUCAGCCGGUUGAUGUUUUUUAAUAGUUUAUGCACUCACUGUUCAAAUAAAUCCAUUCUGGACCCAACCUCUGGCAAAACUAAGCUGUUCCCCCCAGAAUAGAAGUUUGCCGAGUAUGUGACCAAAGGCCUAAUCACUUUCACUUAAAGGUACUUAGCCCUCAAAUAGAAGUUUGCCGAGUAUGUGACCAAAGGCCUAAUCACUUUCACUUAAAGGUACUUAGCCCUCAAAUAGAAGUUUGCCGAGUAUGUGACCAACGGCCUAAUCACUUUCACUUAAAGGUACUUAGCCCUCAAAUAGAAGUUUGCCGAGUAUGUGACCAAAGGCCUAAUCACUUUCACUUAAAGGUACUUAGCCCUCAAAUAGAAGUUUGCCAAGUAUGUGACCAAAGGCCUAAUCACUUUCACUUAAAGGUACUUAGCCCUCAAAUAGAAGUUUGCCGAGUAUGUGACCAAAGGCCUAAUCACUUUCACUUAAAGGUACUUAGCCUUCAAAUAGAAGUUUGCCAAGUAUGUGACCAAAGGCCUAAUCACUUUCACUUAAAGGUACUUAGCCCUCAAAUAGAAGUUUGCCGAGUAUGUGACCAAAGGCCUAAUCACUUUCACUUAAAGGUACUUAGCCUUCAAAUAGAAGUUUGCCAAGUAUGUGACCAAAGGCCUAAUCACUUUCACUUAAAGGUACUUAGCCUUCAAAUAGAAGUUUGCCGAGUAUGUGACCAAAGGCCUAAUCACUUUCACUUAAAGGUACUUAGCCUUCAAAUAGAAGUUUGCCAAGUAUGUGACCAACGGCCUAAUCACUUUCACUUAAAGGUACUUAGCCCUCAAAUAGAAGUUUACCGAGUAUGUGACCAAAGGCCUAAUCACUUUUCACUUAAAGGUACUUAGCCCUCAAAUAGAAGUUUGCCGAGUAUGUGACCAAAGGCCUAAUCACUUUCACUUAAAGGUACUUAGCCCUCAAAUAGAAGUUUGCCGAGUAUGUGACCAAAGGCCUAAUCACUUUCACUUAAAGGUACUUAGCCCUCAAAUAGAAGUUUGCCAAGUACGUGACCAAAGGCCUAAUCACUUUCACUUAAAGGUACUUAGCCCUCAAAUAGAAGUUUGCCGAGUAUGUGACCAACGGCCUAAUCACUUUCACUUAAAGGUACUUAGCCUUCAAAUUGAAGUUCGUUUUCUGAGAUGACCAACCAGACUAUGUGUUCAUCUACUUGCCAGUAAUACACACACAAAAAGACAAAAUUAAGUAUGUAUUAGUCUGUAGCAUGUAUAUAUGAUUAUGAAUCUGUCAUUAGCAUAUCCAAAUCUGUAUCGCAGCACAUAACUGAUUCCAAAAGAAUUUAAGAUAGAGUUGUGAGGUUGCAGUGCCUGCAAAGGAGAACUAUGAAUUAGAGUUUAGAAACACUUUUUGAAUGUGACAGAAUGUAGCUAGCAUCUUACAAAAAAUGACGUCAUGUAUCUUGUAUGAUGUCACGACAAAAGCCUUGCUAGGUUGACAAUACUCUA